AUGGGCAGCAUCAAGAUGGAGGAAUCUCCAGUGUGCCACGUGGUGGCCAUGCCUUACCCCGGCAGAGGCCACGUCAACCCCAUGAUGAACCUCUGCACCAUGCUGGCUUCUCGAAAGCCAGACGUCAUCGUCUCCUUCGUCGUCACCGAGGAAUGGCUCGGUUUCAUCAAGUCGGAGCGAAAACCCGACAACGUCCGGUUCGCCACUAUACCUAACGUUAUUCCGUCGGAGUUGGAGCGGGCCAAGGACUUCCCGGGUUUCAUGAAUGCCGUGUCCACCAAGAUGGAGGCUCCGUUCGAGGAGCUUCUGGAUCGGCUUGAACCGCCGGUGACCGCCAUAAUCGCCGACACGAAGCUCGUGUGGUCUAUUGGCCUUGCGAAUCGUAAGAAUAUACCCAUCGCUUCGCUUUGGCCUAUGCCUGCUACUGUUUACUCGCUGCUCUACCACUUUGAUAUGCUCAAAGAGAAGGGCCAUUUUCCCAUUGAUAUCUCAGAAAUGGGAGAUGAAAUUGUAGACUACAUCCCCGGAUUGGCCCCAACACAGAUCAGAGACCUCCCAACUGUGCUUCACGGUCAGGAUUUGAAACUCCUCGAACGAGCCCUAACCACCGUCCGAUUAGUCUCCACCGCACAGUACCUCAUGUUCACCACCGCCUACGAGCUCGAACCCGAAGCAGUCGACGCUUUACGAUCCAAAUACAACAUCCCCGUCCUCCCCGUCGGCCCCAGCGUCCCUUUCUUCAAGCUCACCGCCACCACGGCCACCGCCGCAGCCGCCGACCCCGACUACUUCAAGUGGCUCGAUUGCCAACCAGACGCCUCCGUCCUCUACAUCUCUCAGGGAAGCUUUCUCUCCGUUUCAAACAACCAAAUGGACGAGAUCGUCGCCGGGAUCAAGAACAGUGGAGUCACCUACCUCUGGGUGGCGCGUGGAGACACCAGCAAUCUUAAAGACAGGCUUGGGGACAAAGGCAUGGUGGUACCAUGGGUUGAUCAACUGAAGGUUUUAUGCCACCCGGCCAUCGGAGGUUUCUGGUCACACUGCGGGUGGAACUCGUCCCUCGAAGCGGCAUUUUCCGGCGUGCCGGUUCUGACGUAUCCGAUAUUCUGGGACCAGGUCCCGAACAGCAAGAGGAUAGUAGAGGAAUGGAAGAGUGGGUGGAGGGUGAGGAAGAAGAUAGGGUUAGAGAAUAGCCUGGUGAGCAGAGAAGAGAUAAGUGAGCUUGUGAGGAAGUUCAUGAAUGGUGAAGACGAUGAGAUUAAGGACAUGAGGAAGAAGGCUAAAGGGCUUCGUGAGGCUUGUUUGAAGGCUGUGGCUCCUGGUGGGUCAUCUCAGCUUAAUCUGGAUGCUUUCAUUGAACAUGUUUCUAAGCUCCAAGUCAACAACCGCAAGUAA